AUGGGCACGGCGGUAGCAACACCGCAGACGGCGGCCAGCGGCGGCGGGGAGCGUAAGCCUCGGCCGGCGCAGGAUCAUGUGCUCAAGUGCCCGCGGUGCGACUCCACCAACACCAAGUUCUGCUACUACAACAACCACCGUAUGUCGCAGCCGCGCUACUUCUGCAAGGCCUGCCGCCGCUACUGGACUCAAGGCGGCUCCCUCCGCAACGUCCCCGUCGGUGGAGGAUGCCGCAAGAACAAGCGCUCAUCCGGCUCGUCCUCCUCCUCGGCAUCAUCCUUGCCGUCGUCCAGCUCAAGCUCCACUAAGAUGACUAGCCAGCAGCUGGUGCCGGGACAACCCACGGUUCCUGUCUCGACGGACUUCCCCAACGUGCUCCCGACAUUUAUGUCGACCGGCUUCGAGCUCCCCAGCGACUACAUGCCCUUGGCACCGCUGUCCUUGUCCAACUCCAACCCACCUCCGGCGCUGGCUACGGGUUCUGGGACGACGGCGUCAUUUCUGGACAUACUGAGAGGAGGGUUUCUUGAUGGCAACCAUCAGAGCAGCGGCUUCUACGGCCCUACGACCAACGGGAUGGUGAUGCCGCUGCUGCUGCCGCCGUCAUUUGGACUUGGUGUGAUGCAGCAUCAGCAUGGGGUGGGUGACGGUGGCGGCGCAACUGCUGCUACACACGGGCAGUGGCCGACACAGCAUGGGACCAACACUGGUGAUGUUGCUGGAUCAGCUGGGCUACUGCAGGUCGUUGGUGAUGAUGGUGCGCAUCAUGAUCAGCAGCAGCUGGGAUUGGGAAAUAGCAAUGAUGUGAUGGCGGCGGCACAAGUAGGGACUGCUACUGGAACAACAGCAAUGGCCGCUGUGCGUGUGCCAGACACUAGUGGUGCUUCUCCUGCGACUGCAAAUAAUUGGUUAAUAAUCCGUGGCAGGCAGGAGCGGGAGGCCUCAUCAAUAUUAAUAGCGGCUCCCUCUAAUUAA